AUGGCGAGAGACCUCAUCGACCUGACCGUUCCGACCGUUUCGACCGAUCCAGCCGACCCGACCGAUCUCGAUUUGAUGGCAACCGAAGUGUCCGAGACAAGCCCGGCAUGCGCGAUGACUCUGGGUCCUUCAGGGACCGCCGGCCUGCUUACACAAACAAUACUGAGCGACCUAGUCGACCCGAUCGCCCGCGACUUGGUAGCAGUAAAGAUUUGCAGGGAGGGCGUAGCGGAACACAUGAGGACUUCCGAUCCCCCAGAGACCAGCACUCGUCUGAUAGAAGCAGUGUGGGAGAAUCCUACCGGCCUCCACCUGGUCAGAACAGGAAUACAGCUAUACAGACUAUAUGUAUACGGUGGGGAGGAUCGCCACAAUGUCUCCCAAGACAUCGCCCUUGAGAAGCUGGCCGAGCGAAAGGACGUUCCGAUCGAAAAGGUUAAGAGGGAUGGCCUUCCCAUGAUGGAUAAGAUGAGCGGUGGUCGACCACACAAUGGAUGUGUGCUUGAAGCAUCUCCGCUACCGCAACUGCCGCUCAAAGCCUUGGGGUCAGUAUCGGAGGACCCUGCGAGGCCUGGAUUCAGCGUCGAGUUGCUUCAUCAGUCUGAAGAGGAAGCCAAAGUGAAUGGAACUGCAGACUUCGUCAGCUACAAUCUGCCGGCGGAGCGGAAGCCAUUCGUGUUGUUGCUUGAUGGCAUCCUUGACCCAGGAAACCUGGGUGCCAUCUUGCGGACGGCAGCUUUCAUGGGUGUCAACGCCGUUGCGAUCACAAAGCACAGUUCUGCGACCAUGACGGCCGUGGCACUCAAGGCAUCGGCGGGAGCAUCCGAGGUCUUGACAUUGUUCUCAGUCAAUUCCACCAUUGACUUCCUUACGCGUUCGAAAGAAUCCGGAUGGAUGGUCUACGCCGCAGUCCCCGGAACGAAACGUUCUAGAGGCAAUUCACACGUCACGCUGGACCGAGUAGAGUCGUACGAUCCACUAUCAAUACAGCCAACAAUCCUAGUUGUCGGCAGUGAGGGUGAAGGACUCGCGAAGCCAGUUAGACGGGAGGCGGACUUGGAGGUGUCGAUCCCCAGCCGUUCCGGGUUCCUGAGUGCGGUGGACAGUCUGAACGUCAGCGUGGCCACGGGCGUCCUCUGCUCUGCUUUCCUCAAGAAGCAGUCAUCCGGCAUUGUCGAGAUCGAGGAUCCUACCGAGGACAAAGAGGGCAACGAAUCUCAGCUCUGGUAA